AUGGGUUCGGAACCCAUCUCUCAUGUGGAUGUGCUCAUUAUUGGAGCUGGUCCUGCUGGACUAAUGGCUGCGACUUGGAUGGCGAGAUGCGGAAUCAAUGCGAGGAUUGUCGACAAGAGAGGUACCAAGAUCUUUAAUGGUCAAGCAGAUGGACUUCAAUGCCGGACCUUAGAAAUCUUCGACUCGUUUGAUUUUGCAGAUAGAGUAUGGAAGGAAAGCAAUCAUAUGCUCGAGAUUUGCCUGUGGAAUCCAGACGCGGAAGGAAACCUGAGAAGAUCGGAUAGAAUACCUGAUACUAUUCCAGGCAUUAGUCGUUUUCAACAGGUUGUUCUGCACCAAGGUCGAAUAGAACGAUUCUUCCUCGAUUCUCUCAAAGAUCACAGUAAUAUCAGAGUUGAACGAGGUGUGCUACCAGACAAGUUCACUUUUGAUGAAACAAAAGCGGAAGACCCCGAUGCAUAUCCCAUCGAAGUCGUUUUGCAACAUCUCAGCGAUGAACAAGCGAAUCCCGAGCAGAACCAAGUAACAGCAGAUGGAGCAGCAGCUUCUGAUGGCCUUUUUCGAAGUAACAUGGCGACUGAUGAUACGGAUGAGCUUCUGAACAAAGCACAUAAAAACGGCUUAGCGGGAACCAGAGAGACGGUCAAGGCAAAAUACAUGAUAGGAUGCGACGGGGCACAUUCUUGGACUCGAAGGCAACUUGGAUACAAACUCGAAGGUGAACAAACGGAUUUCAUUUGGGGUGUGCUUGAUAUCAUUCCAAUCACAGAUUUUCCUGAUAUUCGAAUGAGAUGUGCUAUUCACUCUGCGAUUUCCGGAAGUGUGAUGGUCAUUCCAAGAGAGAACAAACUUGUCAGAUUAUAUAUUCAGAUCACCACUACAGAAAAGGGAGCGAAGAUUGAGCGAUCGGCCAUCAAUCCCAAGAUGAUUCUUGAAUCUGCUCAAAGAACAAUGGCACCUUACAAGCUAGAUUAUGAAUACUGUGAUUGGUGGACAGCUUAUCAAAUUGGUCAACGGGUUGGAUCGAACUUCUCCAAGAAUGAACGCAUAUUUCUAGCUGGGGAUGCUGUACAUACACAUUCCCCUAAAGCUGGACAAGGUAUGAAUGUAAGUAUGCAAGAUACAUACAACCUGGGAUGGAAAAUAGCUGCUGUUCUCAAUGGUACUGCUAAUAGAUCAAUCCUGAAAACUUACCAAUCUGAACGUCGACGCAUUGCCCAAGACCUCAUUGCCUUCGAUCAUAAAUUCUCUCGACUUUUUUCUGGUCGUCCGGCAAAAGAUGUCAUGGAUGAAGCGGGUAUCAGUAUGGAUGAAUUUAAAGACGCUUUCGAAAAGGGGAAUUUGUUCGCUAGUGGUGUGGCCGUCAAUUACGGUGCUAGUGUUAUCGUUGCGAAAGAAGGCGAUGCUGCAGAGCAAGGAGAUGGCACAGAUGUUGCUCAGAAUAUCAGAGUUAAAGUCAUCGACAAAGAAAACCUAGCUGCUAAUAUCAAGAUCGGAAUGCGAAUGCCUAGUUUCAAAGUCCUGAACCAGUCUGACGCAAGACCUUGGCAUUUCCAAGAACUUCUAAAGAGUGAUGGACGCUGGAGAAUUGUGAUAUUCGCGGGAAAUAUCUUGGAUGAGAGUCAAAUGUCUCGAAUCACCACUCUAGGUCAAGAAUUACAAAGCUUGGUCGCAAAGUUUACACCAGAAGACAAAGCAAUCGAUUCAUUGAUCGAAGUCCUCAUGAUUCAUAGCGCGCCGCGGAUUAAAAUUGAGCUUUUAGAUCUCCCGGAUAUUUUCCAUCCUUGGAGUAAGAGGGAUGGUCAUGAUUAUUGGAAGGUUUAUGUAGAUGAUGUUUCGUAUCAUGAGGGGCAUGGAAUGGCGUAUGAAGGAUAUGGUGUUGAUAAGAUGAGGGGGUGCGCAAUAGUGUUGAGACCAGAUCAAUAUGUGAGUUGGAUGGGGGAAUUGGAGGAUACGGAGGAGAUGGAGAGAUUCUUUGAGGGCUUUAUGUCGGUUAAGAGGUAG